ACUUCACAGGACCUGGAGACACCAAACACCCUCGAUAACACCCAAACUUUGAUCGCCGAACAACGCUCAGAUUCCCGCGUCUCAUCACUGGAGACUUCGUAUUCCUGGCAAAAUGGUGGCCAAGAGCUCGCCGGACUGGCUCCCGCCCGGCUGGUCCGUCCAAUCCAGAGACCAAAAGAGAGGUCGCAAAAUUGAGUUUUAUAUCCAUUUGGAAACUGGGAAAAAGUUCUUUUCUAAGGAUGAUGCUGUGCGCUUUAUCAAAAUGGAAAACACGCGCGGUAAAAAGCCUCAGCCAACUUCUGUGCAGAUCCCAAACCACUCAGAAGAAGUUCCUUCUCAACUUGAAGUGGACCCAACCGAAUAUCCUGAAUGGUUGCCUAAUGGUUGGAAAGUGGAGCUGAGGAUACGACAGAGUGGUGUGCAAGUUGGAAGAGAAUACAAGUGUUACAUUGAUCCCUCCAGAGAACGUACAUUCUAUUCCAAGCCAGAGGUAUUUCGGUAUCUCAAAACUGUAAAACGGAAGAGCUCGAAGUCUGGAAAUCUCAAAUCUAUAAGCAGCAAGAGAUGCAUAACCGAAGGGAAGGAUGUCACUACCAUGCAGCUGACAAAAAAUGUUUAUGUUGAGAAGCAUCAUGUGGAGGAUUUACCACCGGGAUGGAUAAAGGAGAUCAAAGUUACAAAGUAUGCAAAUCGAUUUAGAAAAGACCCGUAUUACACAGAUCCAGACUCUGGAUACGUGUUCCGCUCCAAAAAGGAUGUUAUUUGCUAUCUAGAAACUGGAGAGAUCAGUAAACAUGCAUUUAAACCCAGGAAUAUGUGCGGGAAUGUUCUAAAGUUAGCUAAUGAUGCACCAUCAUCUGCAACCAAAAGGAGAAAACUUGAGCAUCCUGUCAUGAGGAGACAGGUAUCACAGCCAAAAAUUGAACUCCCUGACAGACGUGAAGGAAAUAUGUUAUUUGUUGAAGUUGAAGGUUCUGUGGUAGACCCAGGAAAAAUGAGUUCUGCUGGAGAUGAGCCUGGUUUGACUCCUGCUAUUAGUCUGAACGAGAACAAUUCACUUGAGCCUGUGAUGGAAAAAAGCAAUGUGAGGAGAGCCCUAGUACACUCGAGCAAAUCAAAAAACAAGGAAAUUCAUAAUUUGUCUCGUCGGUCCUCAAAACGACUUGCUGGGAUCAGUUUAGAACUACCAGAAGCUGGAAGCUCCAAGUUGUUAGACAAAAGGGUACCCUAUGAAAGUGGAGUGGCCUUUGGUUCGACAACUGAGAUUGUCCAAGAGAAGCAUUUAACUGGGAACAUGCUUGAAAAAUGUGCCGAAACUAAGGAAGAUAGUUCUCUAAACACUCUGGAAAAAAGCAAAGGCAGGAGAGCCCUAGUAGACUCGAGCAAAUCAACAAACAAGGAAAAGAUCAAUUUUUCUCGUCGGUUCUCCAAACGACUAGCUGGGAGCAGGUUGGAACUACCAGAAUCUGAAAGCUCCAAGUUGCAAGACAAGAUGGUACCCUCUGUAAGUGCAGUUGCCUUUGCUUCGACAGCUGAGGUUGUCCAAGAGAAGCGUUUAGUUGAUGACAUAGUUGAAAAUUGUGCCAAAAAUAAGGAAGAUGGUUCUCCAAGAAGACCGUCACAGGCAAAAGCUGAACUUUCUGACAUACAUGGAGGAGGAAAAAUCGAUGUUAGAAGAGCCUCUGUAGACUCAAGCAAAUCCAAAAACAAGGAAAAGUUUAAUUUGUGUCGCCGGUUUUCAAAACGACUUGCUGGGAGUAGGUUGGAACUACCAGAAACUGAAAGCUCUGAGUUGCCAGACAAGAUGGUAUCCUCAGUAAGUGGAGUUGCCUUUGCUUCGACAGCUGAUGUUGUUAAAGUGAAGCAAUUAACUAAUAACAUGCUUGAAAAAUGUGCUAAGACCGAGGAAGAUGGUUCUCCAAGCAGGUCAUCACAGCCAAAAGCUGAACUGUCUGAGACACAUGAAGGAGAAAGGUCAUUGCUUGAAGUUGGAGGUCCUUUGUUAGACCCAGGAAAAAUGAUGUGUACUGGACAUGAGCCCCUUUUUACUCAUGCUGCUUACACCCUGAAUGAGAAUAAUUCAGUUAAGACUGUUUUCAAAAAAAGCAACAUCAGAAGAUCCCCAACAGGCUCGAGCAAAUCAAAAAACAAGGAAAAGCUUAAUUUGUCUCGUCGGUCCUCAAAACGACUUGCUGGGCUUGAACCAGAGGGGGCUGCUAAUUUGGUUUCCACUGAACGAGCUGUUCAAGCUGCAACUAGGAAGCCUAGUAAAAGUGAUUCUGGUCAAGAUGUAGGUUUGGCUUCAGAUCUUGUAAGUAGAGCAUCUCAGCAGCUUGGGGCUCCAUCAGAAACAAAGGUAACGCAUCAUACUUUAACUGAUUUAAAAUCUGCAUCACCUGAGCAGCCAUUGGACAAGGGAGAUAUGCAACUUGAUGACCAAGUGGUUCCUAAGGAGCAACAACAAGAGCUGGAAACUGAGAAAGGGGAUGCUGAGAAGCCAGAACCAGAGCUCAGCAUUCUGUUUGGUUCAGACCCCUGCCUAGAAUUUGCAUUCAAAACGCUUACAGGGGAAUUGCCAAUAUUUGAUAAUGUGGAUAACAGGCCUAUUCUAAGACCUGCAGCUGAUAUGAUGGAAAAAGAAAAUUCAUUUGACGGUGGAAUGGAAAAGAACUGUAGUAGAAAACCGAGGGCUAACAAAUCCAAGGACAGUAAAGAACUUAAGUUGCCCCGUUGGUCUUCAAAUCAGUAUGCUGGGGUUGAACCUGAGCUGCUGGCCAGUACUAUGUCCGAGGAACGAGCUAUUAGAAUUGCAACAGAAAAUUCAUGUAAAAGUAUAGCCAUCCCAGCUGUGGAUUUGGCAGAUGAAGCAUCUCAGCCGCUUGAGAUUACACCAGAAGCAAAGCUUGCAAUUCGUCCUUGUACUGCUAUAAACAAUUCAAUGCAAGAGGAGCUGUCAAACAAGAGCGUGAAGGCUCUUGAAGAGCAUGCUGUUCCUCAGGAGAAACCCCAAAACUUUGAAACCGAGAAGGCACAUGUUGAGCAUCCAGAGCCACAUUUCUCUUUCCCUUUCAUGGAUUCAUGGUCCGACCCAUGCCUAGAUUUCGCAUUCAAGACUCUUACAGGUGCAAUUCCAUUAGAGGAUGAUUAUUAUCACGGUUACUUCCAAGAGAAACUUGACACCUCUCACAACCAUAGAGAUAGUUUGGCACUACCAGAUUUUGGCACACCUAGCUUGUUUCAAAGUGAUAUUUUACCUCAGUUUGAUCCACCAGAACAAUCUGUUUCUGGCCAACAGUUUCCCAUGAAUUCUGCAUUCCUGCCUUCAGGAAAUGUGAGCAUGCCCAAUUGCAGUGGAAUUGGUUCAGGCCAACAGUUAUCUAGGAAUCCUUCAUCCCUCCCUGCAGGAAACGUGAGCAUGUCAAAUUGCAGCGGGGUUUGUUCAGGCCAACAGUUACCUAUGAAUCCUUCAUCCCUCCCUGCAAGAAAUGUGAGCACGUCAAAUUGCAGCGGGGUUUGUUCAGGCCAACAGUUGUCCAUGAAUUCUUCAUUCCUGCCUGCAGGAAGCGUUAGCAUGUCAAAUUGCAACGGGGUAUGUUCAGGCCAGCAGUUAUCCAUAAAUUCUUCAUGCCUGCCUGCCGGAAAUGUGAGCUUGUCGAAUUGCAGCUUGGUUGAUUCGCAGUGGCCUUGCGUAGGAGGCAGUAAUGAUUACCAUGGAAAUGUAAAGUCCUAGAGCGAAGGUAGUUCCUGUCUGCAAGUACACAGGUUUCUGUAAGUUGUACAUUUUGAAACCUUGUAACUGUAUGUCUCUUGUGAUGUAGCAAUGUAACCUAUGAAACAAUUCAUGAUAAAAUUUCACAUUGUUUAAUAGAAUGGUAAUACAAAUAAUCUAAUAAAA